GCGGCCCGCGAGCAGCGCAGCGAGCGCGGCGUGAGGCGCUGCCUGCCCGGAGCCCGCGGGUCCCUGCGAGGCGCCGCGGAGCGAGGAAACUCCAGCCGGCGCUCGGGGCUUGCGAAGAACUGCGAUCCAAGGGAACUUUUCAGUGUCUCCGCGGUGCUGAAAACAAGAGCGAAGGAGAGCCUGGUUGUGUGUGUUGGUGUUUACAAGUGGUUCAGGAUAGGUAAAAAGAAGAUGUCGGGUCGCCGUGUCGCUGCAGCGUGUGACAGACGACAGCUGCCCCGGGGCAUGGGGAGCAUGGCAGCCCCGCUGCUCGACCCGCGCCCGCUCCGGCUGCCCUUUCUCGAGGCUGACAGCCGCCUCCCAUCGAUGUGCGGGCGCUCGAUGCAGCAGCCUUCGCGGAGGAGCGUCCUGCGAGCCCGGCCGCCCCCGCCGCUGCCGCCGCCGCCGCUCGAUGCGCUCCGCGCUCCCGCCGCCAUCUUAGGGGCAGAGCGCGGGCGGCAGAAGGAAGGCUCGGCCCCCCCAAGGCAGUCCCUGCUCACAAUGUAUAGGACAAAAGUCAGUUUGAAAGACCGCCAGCAACUUUACAAACUGAUAAUUAGCCAGCUGCUCUAUGAUGGAUACAUCAACAUUGCCAAUGGCUUGAUAAAUGAGAUCAAACCACAGUCUGUGUGUGCACCCUCUGAACAACUGCUGCACCUAAUUAAGUUAGGCAUGGAGAACGAUGACAGUGCCGUGCAGUACGCCAUCGGCCGCUCGGACACCGUGGCGCCGGGCACCGGCAUCGACCUGGAGUUCGAUGCUGACGUGCAGACCAUGUCCCCUGAGGCCUCUGAGUACGAGACCUGCUAUGUGACAUCCCACAAGGGACCCUGCCGCGUGGCCACCUACAGCAGGGACGGGCAGCUGAUAGCCACGGGCUCGGCCGACGCCUCCAUCAAGAUCCUGGACACCGAGAGGAUGCUGGCCAAGAGCGCCAUGCCCAUCGAGGUGAUGAUGAAUGAGACAGCCCAGCAGAACAUGGAGAACCACCCGGUGAUCCGGACUCUGUACGAUCACGUGGAUGAGGUGACGUGUUUGGCUUUCCACCCAACAGAACAGAUCCUGGCUUCUGGCUCAAGGGACUACACACUUAAAUUGUUUGAUUAUUCAAAGCCUUCUGCCAAAAGAGCCUUCAAGUACAUCCAGGAAGCAGAGAUGUUACGCUCCAUUUCUUUCCACCCUUCUGGGGAUUUCAUCCUGGUGGGGACCCAGCACCCAACCCUUCGUCUGUACGACAUCAACACCUUCCAGUGCUUCGUGUCCUGCAACCCCCAGGACCAGCACACGGACGCCAUCUGCUCCGUCAACUACAACGCCAGCGCCAACAUGUACGUGACAGGCAGCAAGGAUGGCUGCAUCAAACUCUGGGAUGGGGUCUCCAACCGCUGCAUCACCACCUUUGAGAAGGCACACGAUGGAGCUGAAGUCUGUUCUGCUAUUUUUUCCAAAAAUUCCAAGUAUAUUUUGUCCAGUGGGAAAGACUCUGUGGCAAAGCUCUGGGAGAUAUCCACUGGGCGGACGCUGGUGAAAUACACAGGUGCAGGUCUGAGCGGGCGCCAGGUGCACAGGACCCAGGCUGUGUUCAACCACACGGAGGAUUACGUGCUGCUGCCCGACGAGCGCACCAUCAGCCUGUGCUGCUGGGACUCGCGCACGGCCGAGCGCAGGAACCUGCUGUCGCUGGGCCACAACAGCAUCGUGCGCUGCAUCGUGCACUCGCCCACCAACCCUGGCUUCAUGACCUGCAGCGACGACUACCGGGCCCGGUUCUGGUACAGGAGAUCCACCACGGACUGAGGCAGCUCUGCGGCGCUGGGAUUCUGUCACGCCUGGCAGGAAAUAGCAAAUAUCGAGACUUUGCACCCCACGCUAAUUUUUUUAUUAGCGUGCGUGGUUUAAUUUUUGUAAGUCGUCUCUAAUUGUACUGA